UCUUCCCAACUCCCCCUGAGGACUGUAGUCGUAACUCUCUCAGCUCUUCUUUCUGUCUACGUUUUGCAUUCUCUCUCACAUUGUUCCACCGAUCUGUCUCGCUCUCAAGUCUAAUAGAAUGUUCACGGAAGGCCUGGACGAAAGCGCUAUUGAGUGGAUCAAGAAGGGAUCAGAUGGAGACACACAGCUUCGAUCUCCCUUGGCUGAGAGAUUUAGUAUUGGUACCAUCCCACAGUCUCCUUCUUUGCGCAACAGCAAGAAUUAUCUCUCUUCCCCGAUUUUGCCUCCACUGAAGUUCCAUUCUGGAUUGCUAAUGCCUCAAAGUGCAAUGACUCUUGGACUCAAUGAUGACGAUGAUGAGAGUGUGGCAUCAGUUAAUAUGGAUACCGGUUACUCUGAUGAAUCUGAGGAGGAAGAUUUGGGAUCUAGUGACCAUGACUUGCAGGAUAAGCCAAUUGUCCAGCGCUACGAUGAGGAACUGUUUGUAGCAAAAUCAAUUUCAAAUUUUAAUCGAGAAUCAGGUAAAGAAUCAGAUGGCCCACAUGGAUCAACUAUGAUCAGAGGGUCUUCAAAGGAGAAACUCAGGAUCGAAGUGCCUGAUAACAUCAGAAGAUUUAGAGGUGGUGAUUUGGGCAUCAGGGAAUGUGCCCAGCAGAAUUCAAACCAGGGUGGUAGAGAUCAGCCUCGGGAACAGGGUUCCCAUAUGGAUGGAGUUUUGCCCGACAAGUUAGUAGACUUGGGAACUCCUAGUGCACCUCCCAUCAUGGAAAUUGAUAGAGGAGAAAGUAAUUUUGAAGUGACGAGCCAGCAGUGGUCAUCUCCAACACAUUUAAUGGAAAUGGAACAAACUAUCGGUGAGAUAAAUGUACCAAGUCAAACAAAAGCCUGCUUUGGAAGCCAAGAAACACCAACAGAUUCUGGAACACAAUCUCAAACAAGCAAUGAACCAUGUGCAUCGUAUUGGCAAACAAAUUCAAUGGAUCAACCAAUCUUUUAUAGUACGAGCGGUCAAAAUGCAUGGCAAGUUAUGAUUUCCUAUGAUGCAUGCAUUCGUUUAUGCUUGUAUGCAUGGGCAAGAGGCUGCACAGAGGCACCUGAGUUUCUGCGGGACGAGUGCCAGGUCCUCCGAAGUGCCUUUGGUUUGCACAAGUUUUUGCUGCAGCCCCGAAGUGUAUAUCCAAAAGGAGGGUUUGCUGAGAGUACAGAAGAAAAAGGCACUUUAAAGGCAACAAAGGUUGUUGGAAAGAUUAGGGUCGAAGUUAAAAAAAUUCGUGUUGUGCCAAGACGGAAGCUCAAGAUGACAUACUCACAGCGAGGGGCAUUCUAUGUGCAAGCAGGGACAGAUUAUGUCCGACAUGUUUCAGGACUAUUGAGAACCGGUAUCAGUUCUCUAAGGCUGACCCCAUUGUCAGUGGCAUCAGAAGAAGCACUAUCAUGCUUGUUCCGACUGAAGAGUUCUACUGAAGAAAUAGAUGUGGAACCAGGUUCUGCAAUUUGCUUGCAUCCAGGAACUGGCGAUUCCCAUGUCUUUUUUCCAGAAAGCCAAGGGGAUGCUCUAUUGAUAGAAGUCCAGGAUAUGAAUAAAGUUAUCCAAGGUCGGGCAACAAUUCAAAUUUCAUCCUUGACUGAAAAUACGCAGAGUGAUAGAGUUCGGUGGUGGCCAAUUUACCAUGAUGAUCAUGAAUGUGUUGGAAAAGUUCAGCUCUCUAUUGGUAGUACAAUUACUUGCGAUGACACUAACCCCACAAAGAGCGGACCUGUCGUGGAAACGCUGGCUUAUGAUUUUGUGUUGGAGGCUGCUUUGCGUGCGCAGCAUUUUCAUCCCCGAAACUUGAGGUUACAUGGACCUUGGAGGUGGUUGUUGAAUGAAUUUGCGGACUACUAUGGAGUUUCUGAUUCAUACACUAAACUGAGGUAUCUUUCAUAUGUCAUGAAUGUGGCAACACCAACUAAGAAUUGCUUGGAGCUUGUGCAUGAGUUACUUGCACCUGUGAUAAAGGCCCGAGGAGAGAAAAGUCUAACUAGACAAGAGAAAAGUAUAUUGUUGGAUUGUGAAACUCAAGUCGAGAAUCUGUUAGCAAAUGUUUUUGAGAACUACAAAUCAUUAGAUGAGCUCACUCCAACAGGCUUGGCAGACUUGUUUGGUCCAAUACUAGAGUGCGCAGCACCAGCUUUAGUUCCUGCAGUGACAGUGUACACCCUUCUUCAUGAUAUCCUUGCUCAAGAAGCACAAACAAUAUUGAGAAAUUAUCUACAGAAAGCAGCUACAAAAAGGUGUAGGAGACAUAUGAUGGAAACCGAUGAAUUCAUGUCAAGCAACACAGAAGGUUUUCAUAUGGAUUCCAUGACCAUCUCCACAGCGUAUCUCAAGAUGAAGAACUUGUGUAUAAACAUAAGCAACGAGAUUCAGGCAGACAUCAAGAUUCACAAUCAGCACAUACUUCCAAGUUCCAUAGACCUGUCAAACAUAGCGGCUGGUGUCUACAGCACUGAGUUGUGUAACAGAUUAAGAGGCUUCCUGGCAGCUUGGCCCCCAUCAAGCCCUUCACCUCAUGUAACAGAGCUUUUGAUCGCAACUGCUGAUUUUGAGAGGGAUCUUCAGUCAUGGAAUAUCAGCCCGGUUCAUGGAGGUAUAGAUUCAAGGAAUCUGUUCCACGAUUAUAUAAUGAUCUGGGUAGAAGAUUGGCAACUUUCGAUGCUGGAUCUUUGCAAGGCAGAGAAGGUUCCAUGGAAUGGAGUAAGUACAAAUCAUUCCACUUCACCAUUUGCUGAGAAUAUGUAUGAGAAAAUUAAAGAUGCUCUAAGUGAGUAUGAAGUAGUGAUUAACCGAUGGCCCCAGUACUCUUUGAUUUUAGAAAAUGCUGUUACAAACAUAGAACGAGCAGUCAUGAAAGCAUUGGAAAAGCAAUACAGUGAAAUUCUAAUGCCUUUGAAAGAUAGCAUCCCCAAAAAACUUGGAAUGCAUGUGCAGAAACUUACAAGAAGACAAUCCACAACACUUUAUUCUGUUCCUACUCAAUUGGGAACUUUCCUGAAUACCAUCAAAAGAAUUCUCGAUGUUCUGCACUGCAGAGUCGAGAAUAUCUUGAAACCUUGGGCCUCCUGUCUACCAAUCAAUGGAGAAAAGAAGUCAAUUUUUGGGGAACAAAUGAAUGGAAUUACGGUUAUGUUAAGAACGAAGUACAAAAAUUACAUGCAAGCAACUGUGGAGAAGCUCAUUCUCAAUACACAAGCCAAUCGAAGCACACGGCUCAAAAGAAUACUGGAGGAAACCAAGGAAGAAGAUGGGGAAGCUGAUGUCCGUGAAAGGAUGCAAAUGCUAAGUUCACAACUCAUAGAUUCCAUUACAAACUUGCAUGAGGUCUUCUCAAGCUGGAUUUUUGUUGCAAUAUGCCGUGGGUUCUGGGACAAGAUGGGUCAGACUGUUUUGAAGUUUCUUGAGAGCAGGAAAGAAAACCGAAUCUGGUAUAAUGGAUCUUAUUAUGCUCUUGGGAUUUUGGAUGACACUUUUGCUUCCCAGAUGCAGAGAUUGCAAGGAAACGCACUGCAACCAAAAGAUCUUGAGCCCCCUCGUUCAGUAAUUGAAGCUCGUUCUGUUCUUUGCAGAGACACACGAAAUACAACUGACCCAUCCAAUUACUUCUAUGUCUAGUAGCAAGAAAUUUCAUUUUCUCAGCGCGAAGA